AGCCACGUUCCUCCGUGGAGGGUGUGGGGAGCGCGAGCCUUCAUAUUCUCUGACGGCAGACAGAAAGUAUCAGAAGAGCUCGUAGGGAGAGGGGAAAAAAACACAACAGAGAAGAAAGGCCAGUCAGAGAGGGAGAUGAAGACCUUUAGGAGCCAAAGCCAGCCAGAGCAGCGGGGAGCCCUCAGCAGCCUGAGCAGCCUGAGCAGCAGCGCCAUGAGUCCCCUCAGCACGGCCAGCAUCACCCUGGCAGUCCUCUUCAUCCUCACCAUACCAGCCUGUACCAGCGCUCCAGCCAAUCUUCAGCAGGCCUCAACAGAUCAGAUUGAGCUACUUCGCCAGAUAGAUGCCGUUUGCUCAUCCUACCUCUCCGCAGAUCUGAAGUACUGGACAUCGGAUAUCAUAGGAGAACUCUGUAUCUUGAUGCUGGUUCAGAAGUCCAAGGAGCUGAGAGUUCAGGAAGAUAGUAAAAGGUUUUUAUUUCAAUAUUCUAGACCACAAGGCUCUGUCUUGUCACACGGGGUGACCUCUCAGUUGCACCCUCUUCUGCAUCUCGUUUCUCAGCUCCAUCCCAGAAGAGAGAGGGGAGUCGUAAUGAGCGCUGAACUCCAGGGACCCGGUGGAAUUGAAAGCAGAGGCUACUUCCUCUAUCGGCCCCGUAAUGGAAGACGGUCUUUAGAAUACGAAUAAGAAAAAGAAAUGUGUUGCAGAAACUCCACCUGCGAGUGUACAGAGACACCACGGACCCCCGAGACCCGAGCCGCUGCACGAUGACUGAGUGACCCAGACUCCAACCACAGCCCUUUGCCUCUGCUGUACAGUGAUGUUUGAAUCUUUACAAUGACUGCUAAUUAAACAACCAUUCAUUUGUCCA